AUGCCUUCCGAAGUUUCCGACAUCAAGCAGUUCAUCGAGAUCUGCAGGCGCAAGGAUGCCAAGUCCGCCCGCAUAAAGAAGAACAAGAAGGUCAACAACAUCAAGUUCAAGGUCCGAUGCUCAACAAACGUCUACACCCUCGUUCUUAAGGACACCGACAAGGCCGAGAAGCUCAAGCAGAGUCUGCCCCCGGGUCUUACCAUCACCGACGUUGGCAAGAAGAACCCCAAGGGCAAGCACGCAUAA